ACUCCGUUCUGUUUCAAGAUGACCAGACGCGCGUCACACUGCUGUCAGACCAAGGCAGCUCGGACUACAUCAACGCCAGCUUUAUCAAGGGAGCGACGGAGGAUCGCUGCUACAUUGCCACCCAAGGGCCCCUGAGUCACACUGUGGUGGAUAUAUGGAGGAUGAUCUGGCAGUAUGAAGUGAAGGUUUGCAUAAUGGCUUGCAGAGAGAUCGAGCAUGGAAAGAAAAAGUGUGAACGGUACUGGGCAGACCCCUGCAAGACAUCAAUCUUCGGGGAUUUUGUGAUCACCAAUAUUGACGAGUCCAGUCCUAAUGCAGAGGUCAUUACUCGAACGCUCUCUGUGCAGUGCCGAGGGGAAGUUCGAACGAUUUCCCACUUCCAGUACACCGCCUGGCCAGACCAUGGGAUUCCCAGCGACUGCGACAGGAUUCUGGACAUGAUGGAUGAGGUCCACUCCAGACAGGGGGGCGACACAGCCCCCAUCCUCGUCCACUGCAGUGCUGGCUGUGGCAGAACGGGAGUGAUCUGUGCAGUGGAUUACGUCCGCGAUCUUCUUCUAACAGAGCGAAUCACAAGCAACUUCAGCAUUCUGGAUAUCGUGCUGGAAAUCAGGAAGCAGAGACCAUCGGCUGUGCAGACCAAGGAGCAGUACGAGUUUCUUUACCACACCGUGGUUCACAUGUUCCAGAAGGCCCUAACGUGCCAUGACAACGACUAUGAGAACCUCAGCAAGGAUCACGCAUCUGUUUAUGACAACGUAGUGAGCCAAAUGCAAAAACCUCAUCUCCCCACGAAGACGAAGUCAUUGGAGCUGCUGAAAAGCAAGCCUGCCUUGUCAUCAAAACCCUCCCUCCCUUCUCCGGACAAAAAUAUGGGCGACAUCUACUCAGUGGUCAACAAGACAAAACUGCGUCUGUCGUCAGACAAUCCCACUGCUGCCACCACUAGCCCAGUCCCUCCGAGGAUCAGUCACGAGUAUGACAAUGCAGAGGCGGUCUCUACAAACCAACAGCCCCCAGGCUUGGAUGCUCUGUACAGUGUGGCCAAGCCCAGGGCUCGGUUUCCUUCGAGCCCAAACAAACAGGCCGCUCCCCCAGCCUUCCCUUCAGUCCCCAUCUGCAACACGGCCUCCCCCCCUCCCGGGAAAGGAGCCUGCGCUGGCCUUCAAGAGAGAGGGACCAACGACAUUGCAAACGGCAGGAACAGCAGCUCUCUUGACAGUCCUUACAGCAACAGGACCCAGAAGAGUGAUAGUUUUUCAUCUUUAAGGAAGAAAUCCGGUAUCUCCCAAUCGACUGACGACAAUUACGAGUAUGCAACAGGCUUGCCCCAAGGAAUUCCGAGCGACUGCACGGCCAAUGGAUUAGGUUUUAACUUUCGUGUUGGGAAACCUAAAGGACCCAGAGACCCUCCUUUCGAGUGGAGUCGAGUAGAGACAUAGCAAAAGAGAGUCCUUCCUCAGUGAUCUUCAGUAGCAAUGCAGAGACAGACAGACAGUGGCACUACAACCAAGGGUCCUCUGCUCAGGAGCAAUGGUAGCUACAAUGCCAGCAGGUUAUCGAUUUGUCCCUGGAAAAGGCAAUUCACUUGAUGAAGCCAUUACCUACACAGUGGCACUAUUUUAGGUAAUCUUUAGUAGAGAUUAUUAUUUUUUUUUUUUUUUAACAUGGGUUGGUGUCCUGAGAAGCUUUUUCUUCGAAAUCAG